AAUCGUGAUACUGGUGAAAUAAUUCCCGACCAAGUUAUAAACUUGACUGAAAUUUAUGAUCGUGUUGCUGAUGGAUGUGAUUUGAUUUUAGAUUCAGAUCUUCGACUUUUAGAUGAAAACACAGAUUUUGUGCCACUAUCAGCUGAUUUGAGAAUUUACUUUGAAGACAAAGUUCAAAAUCGUAGAGAUUGUUCUAAUGAUGCUGUGUGGUUUGAAAAAUUAUCAAAAUUCUUUAAAUUUAUUGUUCAACGGCGAACCAAUCGAGUACAAGAAUGGUUUCAACAAAAUACUAGUAAAUUUUCACCCGACAAUAGUGAUGUUAAAGAUGGAAUAUAUGCAUUAGAUCAACUA